UAUUUAAACGACAAAAGCGGUUGUAGUUGGUGCAUAUACAAUAAGACCUUCAGAUCUGUAGAUGGGAUGCAUUCCUUUAAAUACAAGUUUGUGCCGACGGAGAGCUCCAGUUCCGGGUCCGGGAGGAUGGAGCGAAUACGUCCGGAGAAAACUCCACGGCAAAAGGUGCAGUCUGUCUGGCGUAACGUUCGCUGGGCCGAAACAUUCCCUGACGAAUCCCUUACCAUGGAAUCUGUAGAAUUAACUCCAAACUUUGCCUUAAGGAAGAUUGUGUUGCUUUUCGAGACCAAAAAGUACGACGAAUGUGCUACUCUUAUCCGGCGGUUAAACUGUGUUACUUUUGGAAAUAUUCUACAAGAAGUUCCAAUGGAGGUGCUUUUAGAUUCUAUGCCUUUUAGUCUGUCUAUCUUAGAGGCUCUCUACGUUAAACUUUUUGAAACCACACUGGAGACCUUUCCAAAGGAAAAUUUGCAUAUGGACCUUCUUAUCAGAAAAAUGGUGGCUUGUUUCGCCAGAAUGUCUCAAUCUGGCAACAGAGCUGAGAAAAACUGUAACAGCUAUUACCCUUCCUGUAGGAACAUUUUACGUGUUGUUUCAUACGUGGAUCCAAAUGUAAAGCAACACCUUAAACAGAAGAAAAAGGCUUUAGAGAGAUGCCUAAAACACAUGGGACAGCAUGGUCUUGUCGAAUCAUCAUGUGGAAGCCUUAUGAAUCUUCAUGAUGCUUUAAAAUUGGAAUUCGAUAAAAUUGUCUUUCAGUACAGGAACGCAUUACAGAAACUUGACGAGCUCAGUCUGUCGGCAAAGCAUCCGACCAGUAGCUCUGUCACCUCAGGUAAAGCGCCUUCCGGAGUCAGCCACCAGAGACUCAUGCAAAUAACGCGAGCGGAUGUUCAGAGCAGGAUAAUAAAAAACAAAACCUUGUUCAACAUUGUGGAACCCGCGGUGACAAAUCAGUGUCUGAAAAAAUUAUUUCAUAUUUUGGAAAAACGGAUAGAAUACGACAAAUUAGCUCUAUUUCACGACACCGAGCUUCGCAAGCAUUGUGAUAAUAUUUCCGAUGAAGCGUACAUGUCUGUGGUAAUGAAGCAGUUUUGUCAAGGUUAUAGCAUAGUGCUGCAGCUUUUGAAGGAGGUGUCCGAACUUGACGAGGUCACUUCAGAGGAUGAUGACGCAGGUAUGAUCUCCAGUGAUGAGGACAUAAUGACACCAAUCACUCGAAUGGACAGAUCCAAGACAUUUAAUGGAUUCACCCACGUCUUACCACAUAAAACAAAUGGGGGCAGCAUUGGGCGUAAACUUCCGGGCAUGCGUGGACGACUUCGUCCAUCAAUAAUUUCUGGACCAUUCCCAUGUAAACCAGUGACGGCGCCCUCUAACGGCUUGAUGAAUGGUCACGCUACAGUUGUUCCUUCCAAUUUGUCUUCCCUAACAUCUGUCUUCCUAACCAAUGGCAGUCGCUAUAGCAAUGGGCAUACUGAAACCAUAGAGAAACUGAAAGAGGAAGUACACACGUUAAGGUCUGAGUUACAGAAAAGUCAAGAGGCCAUUAAAAACCUUCAAGAACGAGAGAAGCAACUACAGGAAAAACUCUCAACAGAGCCACACAGUAGUUUUAAUGGAGGUUAUAACAGUCAUUUUGAGGACCUGUCGCUGGCAAGUCGUACCUCAGAACUUACACGGCAAUAUGGCGAUCUUUACGCCAGCUCUCGGAUGAGCGCUUUGGAUGCUUUAGAUGGAAUAGGUCAACUCGAUGACCUCUCAGUUCUUAAAGAAAAAAUUCUUUUUUCAGUCGUUGUGUUGUCUUUCCGAGGAGCCCAGCAGGCAGUCCACGAACUUAGAGGAAAGGUUCGGCAUUUACUUAACCUUCCACAUCCGGAUGCGCACAGGAACCAUUUUGAUCCGCUCUCGAAUCACAUGGAGGCGCAGGUUGCUCAAUAUCUGUGCAAGACUGUUGGAAUCUUCGAUGUGUCCGCUACAAUUGAAGAGGUUUGUUCACAAAUCUACGCAACGUUGUACGACUACCCAGUACUGAAAGACUGUCAAGGUUUAAAGAUGUACGUCACAGCCUGUGUUCAGGUGGCAUGGGGACUCUCUGUGCAAAACCCUCCAUACCUUAUCAUGUAUGAUGCUCGUCAGUUUCAUCCAGAAAUGCAUACCCGAUUUCAUUCGUCAAAUCCAGAGUCAGAGGAAAUCAAGAACUUCUUGUGGCCUGCUCUGACAGAAGGAUAUGGCGGCCCUUGUGUUUACAAGGGAGUUGUGAUCACGUGACCUUCAGAUAUCUUCCCGUGCGUAAACACCAAAUCCAGUAUUAUGGCCAACAACAGUGCAACAGACAUGCAAAUGAGAUUGUGUGUAAAUAUUGUCAAAAUGCUUAUGAAUAUUCAUUUAGCAGUCAACACUUGUAUAUUCAUCCCAUUCCAUGCCUCAAUUGAUUAUCAUCCAUUUAUCUUAUAUUGUCUUCGAAAGUGAGGAGAAUAUUGCAAUACCAUGUUAGAGGACAAUAGUUAAAUUGCAGAUAUAACUUUACUCGAAUUGUUAAAUCAUGAAAAUAUGAAGUUUGAAGAUAAGAGCUCUUGUGUGUAGGAGGUGCAUUUACUGAAACUUCGAAUGCCUAAGUGGUACAGAGUGGACCUACAGUCAGAUUGAUUGAUUGAAUAUUGUUUUACGUCCCUCUCGAGAAUAUUUCACUAAUAUGGAGACGUCAACAUUACCGGUGAAGGGCUGCAAAAUUUAGACCUAUGCUCGGCGCUUAUGGCCAUUGAGCAGGGAGGGGUCUUAAUCGUGCCACAACUGCUGUGACACGGGACCUUGGUUUUUGCGGUCUCAUCCGAAGGACCGCUCCAUUUAGUCGCCUCUUACGACAAGCAAGGGGAGUACUGAGGACCUUUUCUAACCCGGAUCCCCACGGGAUACCUUCAGGCAGCGAGGAAGACGAAAAUUUGCAUUAAAAGCGGCUUCUAUUUAAAUUUUUAAAUGUAGGAAAUACACUAUAGAAAGAAAUGUUUCACUAAAGUUGAGACAUAAAAACAAUGUCAUAUUUGCAAGUAAUAUCCUGGAUAUGAUACGUACCAGUAGUGGAUUUAAGGGGGCGUGGCCGUCACCCUCCCCCCUAAAAUUUUCGAAUUUAAGUUAAAUCAUAAAAACAAAUGUAAACGAUAAAAGAAGCAAAAAUUUCUUCCACUCUCGGAGAUCUUUUAAUUUGUGAAUGACUUUUGUUGGGAGAACUAACAUGUCUUCCAAAAACCCUAAAAGGGACAUGGACACGAUUUGAGCUGAAAAUAUUCAAAUUUUACUUUUUGAUUUUUAGUGUUUAGAAUGCUUAGAUAAGGUAUUAAUAAUGAUCAGGAAAAUUUGAAUGCCAGUAUUCAAGGUGCAUGGGAGAUACAGAGGUAACAAAUCCUUGUUAUGUAAACAAGGCUCGUGCGAUGUUUUUAUUUACAUAGGUUAAAUAAACUAGUAAAAAAUUCAUUUAAAGCACAUUUUUUUCAAUUUAUAAUUGAAUUCUUAACACAAAUUAAAUAUUUUCUAGUGUUUUUUCAUCUCAUUUUGUUUUAAACAUGCUAUUUUCUAUUAAACAAUCUAAUGUAAGCAAAAACAUAGCACGAGCCUGUUUACAUAGCAAAGAAUUGCGAGUGCUGUAUCUCACUUACAAUCAACCACGGAUAUUCAAAUUUUAGUUGACCAUUAGAAUUAAUACUUUCGUUAAGCAUUGUAAACAAUAAAAAUGGAAUAAUAAAAUUUGAAAAUUUUCAGCUCAAAUCGUGUCCAUGCCCCUUUUUGCGUCAUUUUAUUAAUUUCACCCUAUUAAAAAUGACAGAAAAUAGUAAAAAUGACUACACAGGAGACAUCUGUACAUUGUAUUUCAAGCCCUAUAAAAUCUGUAACAUCCAGGAGCUUCGCCCCCUCGGCCCCACCAGGGCUUCGCCCUGGAUCCACUGGGGACCUCAAGGCGGCCUCCAGACUCAGUGCCUCAUAAAGUUGCGCCCCCCCCCCCCCCCCCCCCUAACCGCAAUUCCUGGAUCUGCCCCUGCGUAUGACCAACGAAAUAAUGUGAUUAAGAUAAGAAUUCCAAUGUAUUUAAUUACCGUAUACCUAUCACUUACUUAGUUUGUGUAUCAGUCAAAUUCGUGUGAUAAAACUGCGUACAAGAAACUUAAUGAAAACAAUCACUUAUUUGUCUCACUCCCGUAUGUGUACAAAUUGUUUCGCGCCUUUCUAUGCACGAGAGUUUUCCAAAGGGAAAUAACUCGGACCAAUCGCGAAACCGGCGUAUUCUUGUUAUCCAUUCCACCAUCUUCUGUGCAUUUAUUUAUAUAUAUAUAUGUGUAAACUGUUUAAGAAUUGAUUAUGUAUUUUUGAAAUAAAAAAUACUUGUAAAAACAU